UGUUGAGGCUGUGGUAUGAGCCUAUGUGGCAGGAAGGCGCUGACGUUGCUGAGCAGCGUGUUCGCUGUUUGCGGCCUGGGCCUGUUGGGGAUUGCCGUAAGCACCGACUACUGGCUCUACCUGGAGGAGGGCGUCAUCCUUCCUCUCAACCAGAGCACCGAGAUACGCAUGUCCCUCCACUCUGGACUCUGGAGGGUUUGCUUCUUGGCUGGGGAGGAGAAAGGGCGGUGUUUUACCAUCGAGUAUGUGAUGCCCACUAAUGUCCAGAUGACCUCUGAGUCCACUGUUAGUGUCCUCAAGAUGAUCCGUUCUGCCACACCUUUCCCUCUGGUCAGCCUCUUCUUCAUGUUCAUUGGUUUUGUGCUCAGUAACAUUGGCCACAUCCGACCACAUCGCACCAUCCUGGCCUUUGUUUCUGGAAUCUUCUUCAUCCUGUCAGGUCUGUCUCUGGUUGUUGGUCUGGUCUUGUACAUCUCCAACAUUAAUGAUGAAAUGUUGAACAGGACCAAAACUAAUGAGGCCUACUUCAGUUACAAAUACGGCUGGUCCUUUGCCUUUGCUGCCAUCUCCUUCCUGCUCACUGAGACUGCGGGUGUCAUGUCGGUUUAUCUGUUCAUGAAGCGUUACACAGCAGAGGAAAUGUACCGGCCCCAUCAGGGCUUCUACCGGCCUCGCCUCAGCAACUGCUCCGAUUACUCCGGCCAGUUCCUUCAUCCAGACGCCUGGGCCGGGCGAGGCCGCAGUCCCUCCUCCAUCUCCUCCGAGGCCUCCCUCCAGAUGAACUCCUCCAAUUACCCUGCCCUCCUCAAGUGUCCAGAGUAUGAACAAAUGUCCUCCUCACCUUGCUGAAGCAGAGGUCUAGUGGUUGUGUUAGCACUGUAGGGGUCAAUUUGAUCUGCCUGGAUAAAAUUGUCCAAAAAUCUGAUAUUUUCCAGCUUGAAACCCUACAAGUCCCUUCUCUUCUUCGAGUGUCCUGACUUUGACCUGUUUCUCUCCAUCCCCCCUACUACUGAUUUUUUAGUUACAACUUUUGGUUCUGUGGGGAGUAACACUUAAGUUGAAGGUUAGCCAGUUCACUUUUAUUCUCAGCUAAUCCGUCUUGCUGUUAGAAGAUGAGAGAGGGAAGAGUUUGGCAAGAUUGUACUUUUAUCUGCUUUUUCUCUAGUUUUUAAUGAUGGGUGACUGGCAACCUGCUGAAAUGACCAAGGUAGGGUGAAGUCAUCUGGGGAGUAACUUGUGUAGCUUCAACCUACAGUGAGCAAGUCCUCUGUUUGCCUGUACUGUAGUACUGUCCUGAUAGCUGUUGGACAGGAUUACACGCUGCACAUCUGCAGACAUGGAGAGAUUAGAAUAGGGAUUAGAACUGAAUAGGCAACUAUGUGUAAUGGAUGCAGAGUCUGCACAUUUCCAAAACCAAACACUGCAGUAGGUCAGUGAAGUCAGCCUUGGUGUAGAGGAAACUGGAAAUGAUAAAUCUUAGAGGAUGGUUCUGGACAGAAUUUUCCUCAAUUUAUUCAUCAUUGCUCAAAUUGUGCAGACUUAUAAAGGCUAAAAUGAAAUUGUUAAAGCUCCUUUCGUCUACAAAUUGCACAUGUGCAUCAGCUGUUUGAGUUUGCCCAAGCAAAUUUAACUCAGUUGUCACUAUUUAAGUGCAGCACACUGCAGUUUGUGCAGAAAAUGGCUCGUUGUAAUAUACUUUAUUGUCAUGCACAUCACACCUGUUUCCGACUUGUUUAUGUGAAAUCAGGAGCUAGAACUCAGCUUGAAUUUUCAAUGUUCUGGUGUAAAGCUUAUGAUACACAUGAUGAAUGUGAAUUUUAACCAUUGAAACAGAUCAUUUUAAUUGACAUACAAUUUUGUAAACAAAAUGUUUGAUUGGGGUUUGUGCUGGGAGAGUUUAUAACGUGGUGUCUGACCUUCCACAUACAUAUAUAUAUAUAUAUAUAUAUAUAUAUAUAUAUAUAUAUAUAUAUAUAUAAAAUUAUUAAUCACAAUAGAGGACUGCUUUACACCAGUGUUUCAAACAAGUCAGAUGUAAACAAAGCUUUUAUUUUUUCAGAGAACGUAUGAUUCCUGUAUGCAGUGGUCUUCUUAGCUUGUCAAGUCAUUAAUACAAAAAUUCAACCAAAAUUGAAGAAGAAAAAGUCAAAGGGGAGAAGAUGGAGUUUGUGUGGCCAUAAUUUUGAUGGGGAAUGUCAAGUCAAGUGGUAUGAAAGACUUUUUAUGGAGCCAUUGUGAAUGUAAGAAGUACUGAAGGAAACACUGCUAAAUGAGAAUACCUCUCCUAUAGAGAUUAACCCAAAUCAUAGAUACAUAUUUUUCUAAUUGUCCCCCUUAUAAUGGGAGAAUAUUCUUAGAUGUUUGACCUACGCAUAUACUGCAAUCCUUAGUGUGCCAAGGAAAAAGUUUUAUCCAGGUUAAGUGGCAAAGUUUUGAAUAUAUACAUUUCAUGCGGCGUUAAGUGUGAGUGAACAUAUUACAGAGAAACAUUUUGUCUUGUGCAGUUAUUUUAUGUUAGUUUUAUAUAUUACUAAAAUUAUAAUUAUUGUCAGUAUUUAAUGUUGCAUGGUGUGAAUUCCACAUAUUAUUAAUGGCAUGCAACAUUUCAUCACUGGAUCAUGGUAUUCCACCUGCAGAACAUAGGUUCAUUAAUAAACACAAACCGUGCCAAACUACACUUUUACUCUCUCUUAAAAGCACUGUUCUGAUAUAUAGACCAGUUACGUUUUGUUUAUUUUAAACACUGUAAAUAUGAAAUCAUCAGUGUGUAUAUAGACUCAUUUUUGUAUAGAUGGCAGUACAUAUAAUACAUGGUUGUUCUGUUGUUGGGUAGAUUCAUCUGCAGUAUAUGUGACGGCUACUUCGCCUCCUGCAUCACAUUGAGAAUGUGAGCCUUUGCAUAAUGUUAUACUUACAUAAAUGUAAAGUAUUCAGAUGGUGUCAUUGUCAGACAUGAAAUG